AUGAAUCGAUUUGAAGGAGGGUUGAAUCUGGACCUUCAAGAAAGGCUUACUGCAAACAUGAGUAAGUCCUAUCAAGAGCUAUAUGAUCGAGCUAUCAAUGUUGAAAGGAAAAUGAAGCUGCGAAAGGAUGUUUAUGAGAAUGGAAAAAGAAAAGGUAAAGGUCAAGAAGUUCCAAUAAGCAAUGUUUUCAAGAAGCAAAACACAGGGUUCUCAAGAAACAAUAAUGGUCAAAGGACAGUUGCUCAUUGCACCAGGUGCAACAGAUGGGGCCAUCUAGCCAGAGAAUGUCGAGCAGGAACCGAUCAGUGCUACUGGUGUGGUAAGAUGGGCCGUAUGAUUAAGAAUUUCCCGACUUUGGAAAGGAAGAACGAAAACACUAAUAACCGUGGGCCAGUGCAAAUGAACAAUUCUCAGAACUAUGGUUAUGGUAGGAAUGCAAGUAAUAAUGCCAACAAAAACCCUCCGCGUGGACCUCCACAAGCCGGACGAGUGUUCAUGAUGCAGAAAGAAGAAGCUGAGGAUGAUGACACCGUUAUUACUGGUACUUUUCCUGUCAACUCUGUACCUGCUUAUGUCCUUUUUUAUUCUGGAGCUUCCCAUUCGUUUAUAUCUACUGCAUUUUCUAGAAGCUUGAAUGCAAAACCAUGCUCUGAAUUCUCUGCCAUGUCUGUCACCAUCCCUAAUAGUGAAUCCAUCUUAUGCGAUGUCAUGUAUAGAAAUUGUCCUAUUCUUAUAGGAGGAUGUGAAUUUCAAGUAGACCUCGUUCGAUUUGAAUUAACCGACUUUGAUGUGAUAUUGGGAAUGAAUUGGUUGUCGAAGUACAAAGCGGACAUAAAUUGCCUUAACCAUGAAAUAACCGUCAUGAAGCCAGAUGGGUUUUGUGAGUACCCUGAUGUAUUUCCGGAAGAGAUACCUGGCAUGCCACCAGAAAGAGAGAUAGAUUUCAGCAUUGACCUCGUUCCUGGAUCUGCUCCUAUCUCCAAGGCACCUUAUCGAAUGGCACCUGCUGAGUUACAAGAACUGAAAAAGCAACUAGAUGAAUUACUCGAGAAGGGAUAUUCGACCUAA